AUGGCAACCGGUCAUGCAUAUGCGGUAGUCCCAGGACUAUCGCAACAGCAGCCGUUACCGCAAUUGCAACAGCAGCCAAUACAGGUCGUGGUAAGCGGGAGAGCGUGCACAAACUGCGCUCGUGUCAAGUGCAAAUGCAUCUACCGCGCCGACGUUGCUGGCUGUGAAAGGUGCCACCGUCUUGGCAAGGACUGCACGUCGACUCGUCCCGCGCCGAGGCGCCCCCCGAGACGUCAGACCCAGCAAGAUGCAAGCUGGCGUGCCGCGAGGUUGGAGGAGAAGCUGGACGACCUGGUGUCGUUCCUGAGGACACAGCGGGACUCGGUCCCGAAAGAUUCAAGAGAGCUGGACAACCACGACGGCACCGACGAGGAAAGCAACAGCAACAGCGGCGAGGACGACGACGAGCCCGAGCUCGACACCCCCAACACGUCUGCACCAUCCUCGUCGGCCCCCGCAACAGCCGCCUACACCCCAGAAAAGGACAAGGCCGGCCCGUCUCCCGCCCCUGCAGCAGCAGGCCGGGUCGACCAGGAGUGGUCCUUUCCUGACGAGCCGCCUCCGGCGGAGGCUGAAGAGUGCCUCAAACAGUUCCGCGCCGACACUAUACCUUUCUUCCCGUACCUGGACCUCCCUCCCUAUGUCACGGCCCAGCAAAUGCGAAUCUACUACCCCUUCCUGUGGCUCAAUAUCAUGGCCACGGCCUCAGUCUCACCGAAAAGACGCUUUGCUCUGGCCGAGCAGGCAAAGAACAUCAUUAUACAGAAGGUUGUCGUCGAGCGACAGAAGAGCGUUGAUCUGCUCUUGGGCUUGAUAACCUUUCUCAGCUGGUCGUAUCUCUACCCCGGGGCCAAGCCUUAUACCGCCCUGUUCUCUCAGCUCGCCGUUACCCUGAUCUGCGACCUCGAGCUCCACCGGCCCUCGCGCCCACAUCAUGCUUGCAACACGGCAAAGGAGGACGUAGAUGGCGGCAACUCUUUUCUCCUUCCGGAACACUCAUCAACAAGGCCCACUCUGCUUGAGAGGCGCGCUGUGUUGGGGGCGUACGUGUUGACUUCUACGUACGUUGCCACAUCUUCUCUCCUACCGCGCCUUCCUCGAGCGUAG